AUGCAUGUAUCUGAGCAAAAACGUUUGAAAUUAUCCAAUGAUUAUGGCUGGGCAGAGCUUUGUUGCAGGACGACACUCUUCGGCAAAGAUGCGGCAAACGGGCAAUUUCAUAUGGAGUCCCUCUCAAACAAGCUCCUGAGCGACUUAAAUCCAUACAAUCUGCGAUAUUUGUUUUAUUUGGUGACUCCAAAUGAAACGACGUUCGAAACGGUGGAAGAAAUCCCCAACAUAAUUGAGCCGGCCAGCACUUGGAUGCUUCUACUAGUUUUACUCGAAUACUUGUUCCUAGACGAAAAGAAGUACGCAUUCAAUGACACUGUCACCUCAAUCAAUGCAGGGAUUUUGUCACUGCUACUGAAGAUCGGAGGGCGAUAUCUGUCGGCAACGUUGUAUGGACCUCUCUAUGAUCACAUACAUAUUUUCGAUCUUCCGAAAAAUUCACCAUACACUUGGUUAUUGUGUUUUUUCACUCAGGAUUUGGCUUACUACCUCGGGCACAGAGCUAUACAUGAGCAAUUAGCGAGGAAACGUAUCCCUAAGGAGUUAUCUCUCGCUGCUGCCCAACUGGGUGGCUCCGCCCAUCGCUCCGCCCACUUAUUCCCCGUCAUAUGCGACAUCGCAAGCGUGGUUCGUAUUUCGAUAUGGAUCAAGGAAAAGAGGAAGAAGGAGAGAGGAAAAGUUGAGCAAAACUUCGAUGGAUUGGUGCGAGGCGUCGGACGCAUACCUCAAGGUGAUGAUUGGCGCAAAAAGAAGAAAAAGAAGCAGGAGACAGAGAUUUUGUAG